AUGGCGACUGACACCGACGUCCAUCGCAUACAAUCCCACUCGCCAUCGCCAAAUCUAAAGCACGAGCCCAAUUGUUAUAUACCUUGGUCUUCAUCCGACUGGCACUCAAAUAGAAGCCCAGUCCCCACGAUCAAAGACGAGGAUUUCGAAGGAUCAGACUACAACAGUUCGCACAGCUGGUAUACCAUCAAUCACAAUUCUUACAGUGAUAUGGGCCCCAUUACGUAUCAAGACAACGGCAUCGAAUCAAACCAAGGAAGUACUUAUCCGUCCUACAGAGCCAGAGAUUCCGUAUCUCCUCCCGCUUCGGACCGUAGGAGCAGCAUAUAUCGCCCGGGACCCCCUUUGCCCCCACCAAUGAACGUAGUAUCUUCCAACCUAUCGCCCGGCUUGUCCAGCCGCGGGAAGUCGCAUUACUCGACGGCUCCCAUAGGAUCACCAAGUCUAUAUGGAUCUAGCCCAAGAACUUCAAGCAUCAGUGUUGGAAACAGCUCUAUGCAAUUUCCAAGUCAGAUACUUAAAUACAACGAGCCUUCUCUGAAUUCCAUUUCAGAAAACCAAUCCACUAGCCUUCCAUCCAGCUUUUCAGGCACUUCUUCUGCAACUCUUACACCUCCAGCUAUGAAUCGAACUCACUCUGGACCUAUUCUCAAGUCCAACGAAAGGAGGCUCUUUAACCCAGCUCACAGCAGUCUUCCUCAAAUUUCAUUUCAACAAAACUCUCCAGACGCACCACCACCAAGUAGUGAUAUCAAAACGGAGUUUGAACCCUCUCCACAUGCACAUGCUAUGUUUGGACACAAUGGUAGCCCAUACCAAAAGCACGAGUUUGAACCUACCCUCCAAACGAUGUACCCUAUGACAUUGCCUACUAUGGCGCCAGUCCAUCCAACCCCGUUCACCAAUGGCGCCGGUGGAAACACAUACUUCACACCUCACGCCGCCCACCUUGACGGUGUCCCAACUCAUCAUCAGCAUCCACAAGGAUUGUUGACAGAGUCCUUUGGUGAGCCUAAUGGCCACGCACAUACCCACGGAUAUAGACCAAAGCGUGAGUAUGGAAUCAUGGAAGGCUAUGGACAUUGGUCGGCUCCAGACGGUAUGCCGAUGCCCAAACCAGUUAAACGUCGAAAAUCAUCCGCGACACAGCCAUGGCAGCUCUCCGACGACGACAGAUACCUUAUCAAGCUCAAAGACGAAGACCAGCUUCCCUGGAAAGAAAUCGUACUACGUUUCAAGGAAGAAGGACGAGGGAACCACCGUGUUCCAGCUUUGCAAAUGCGCCUUAAGAGGAUCAAGGAACGAAUCAGGCAAUGGUCACCGGAAGAUGAGAAACUACUUGACGACGCAAAAAAAUGGAUUGACAAACACUACUGGGAAAUCGUUGCCAGUAAGAUGGUGGAGUACGGCAGAAAAGAAAAGAUACCCGGCACUUCCUGCGAAAAGAAAUGGAAGGAGUUGAACGCCAGACGAGAGUCGGAGCCCAAAUCUGGAUCAGGACGAUUGCCUCACGAUGAUCUCCCGCCGAAUUCGCAAUCACACUCCAAUGCUACGAGCCCGGCGACAAAUUACAGUGGCUAUGAAGAAGAAGAAGAGGUUGUUUGCUGA